AGCCAUUUAUGAAGAUCCAAAAGUUUUGAUCCAGAUCUGAGUUCAUCCAGCCAUUGAUCCAGCCGAAUAAAUUUGGACCGUUCAUUUAAGAUUGAGCGGAUCUGGGCCAUCCAGUGAUGAUCUGAUAGAUCCGACCUACGGGAGAGUAGAUCCAGACCCUAGAUCAACAUCAGUACCUUCGGAUCAGAUUUUGGAUGACUUUUCACCGUUGAUUUAGCCCGAAAUCAUCUCCACCGUCCAUUCCAGAUCCAGAUCUGAUUUAAAACAGAAGCUACAGUGCCUUUCUGCUUCGUUGAUUCCUCCGCGCUCAGCUCCGCGUCCCGGCGUCUUUCUUCAGGAUUUCGGCCCCAUCCUCCUUCAUAUCUACUUCUCUUCCUAAUUGGCUUUGGAGCUUCCAUUCUUUUGCUUCUAGGCUCGGAUCUUUUGCACGCGCCGGCGAACAUCUUUCCGGAGCUCAGAUCUGUUCGUAUGUCCUCUGUUUCAGCCAUCAUCGGGGGAAUUCUUCGGUGAUAGUGGCUUGCUCUCUAUCAGAGAGUAUCGAUCCAGAGAAAUCGGAUUCAAGAUCUGCGAAAUUUCGAGCUGUGCAGUUCCAAUCUUCACCGGCUUUUCCAGGUCCUCGUGUGGUAAACUACUUGAUUUUGAUCCAGAAAUUGAAAGGACCUUCAGAGCUUUGGGAAUUCAAGAGAACAUUUCAGAAGACUCAGGAAGUUCUUUAUCAUCUUCAGAUACCCCUAUGGCUGAUCAUAGCAGAACAAUGAAGGUGCUUGCAGCUCCUGAUGAGGCUUUCAAAUAUUCUUGCAUUACAUAUCCAGAUUUGGCAGGAGACUUCGAGCUUAGAUCUGGAUUGAUUCAUUUGCUGCCAAAAUAUCAAGGAUUAUCUGGAGAAGACCCAAAUAGACAUUUGCAUGAAUUCCAUGUGGUCUGCUCAACCAUGAAGCCACAAGGAAUUUCAGAAGAAGAUAUUAAGCUGAGGGCUUUUCCAUUUUCAUUGACUGGAGUAGCAAAAGAUUGGUUGUAUUAUUUACCACCAGGAUACAUCACUUCUUGGAUAGAUAUGAAGAAGGCUUUCUUGGAGAAAUUCUUUCCAGCUUCAAGAACUGCAAUUAUCAGGAAAAGUAUCUGUGGGAUUCAGCAAGUGGUGGGAGAGACAUUAUACGAUUAUUGGGAGCGAUUCAAGAAAUUAUGUUUAAGUUGUCCUCAACACCAAAUCAGUGAGCAGCUACUAGUCCAAUACUUCUAUGAGGGUUUACUACCUAUGGACAGAAGUAUGAUAGAUGCAGCAGCUGGAGGAGCUUUAGUGAACAAGACUCCAGAACAAGCUAGGGAGCUUAUUUCAAACAUGGCAGAAAAUUCACAACAAUUUGGAAGUAGAGCUUUGACAACAAGAGGGGUUGGAGAGGUUCAAAUGGUUUCCAAUGAACAAAAGGAGAUAAGAAGCUCAUUAUUGGAGUUAACAUCUUUGGUAAAGCAAUUGGCACUGAAUAAUGCUAAUCAAGCUUCCAUUUUGCCAAGUACACAGUUUCCAUAUCAAUCGAAGGGAGUUUGUGGCAUUUGUUCAAGCCAAGACCACAAUUCAGAAUUGUGUCCAAAUCUUCAUCAAGAUGAGUCAGUAGCAGCAUUUUCUAGAGCUCAGUUUCCUCAAAAAUAUGACCCCCAUUCCUCUAUUUAUAAUCCUGGUUGGAGAGAUCAUCCCAAUUUUAAGUAUAGCAACUCAUUUUAUCAGCAACUACCUUCGAAUCAGAAUUUUCAGCAACCUGCAAGUCAAUUCCAGCAGCAAAAUCAGCCUUUCCAGCAAUAUUAUCAACCUGCAAGUCAAUUCCAGCAACAAUUUCAGCCUUUUCAGCAGUUUCCAAAUCAAAAUCAGCAAUGGCAAUUCCAAAAUCAGGGAGUUCAGCAAGGGCAAAAUGUAAUUCAGAAUGCACUUCCAGCACCUUCAAGAUUAAGUUUGACUCAAGGAAGUUCUAAUAACUCUUCCAAUUCAGAUGCACAACAAAAGAUGGAUGAUUUGAUGCAACAAAUUUUGCAACAGCAGCAAUUAUUUUUACAGCAGCAGCAACAUCAACAAAGGACAGAUUCAGCUUUGCAAAAUCUUGAAAGACAGAUCAGCCAACUAGCAACAAACUUAAAUCAAAUGCAAGCUCAAGGUUCAAGCAAACUACCUUCUCAAACAAUGCCAAACCCAAAGAAUGUGAGUUCGUUGACUCUUCGAAGUGGAAGAACUAUAACUGAACCCAUGAAGAAUAUUCCAAUUGGAUCAGAUUAUGUUGCACCAGCUCCGGACUCACAUUCACCAGAUCUUGCACCAAGAAAUUUGAAUUCAGAAUCCACUCAACCAGUACAUAACAGUGGAAGAAAUACAGCAGAACAGAUUUCAACAGAUUUUGGUUCAACAGAACAAAAUGACUCGCAAUCAGCUCCAAUUUCAGCUCAAAAUGUAGAGAAAGAAUCACAACAGCAAGGUACUGAGAUUUCUGCUCCAUUUCCUUUCCCUCAAGGAAGAAUUCAGCAAAAGAAACAUGUUGAGGAAGAGAAAGUUAGGGAAUUUCAAGAACUUGUGAAUUUGUUCAGCAAAGUGGAGGUGAAUGUGCCCUUGUUAACCAUGAUAGAGCAAGUUCCGAAAUAUGCAAAAUUUCUCAAGGAUGUAUGUGUGCAUAAGAAGAAAUUAAAGGGAAAUGAAUUAGUUAGCAUGGGAAAAAAUGUUUCUGCUCUUAUUCGACCUAUUCCUCAAAAGUGUGAUGAUCCAGGAGUUUUCACCGUGCCAUGUACUAUUGGAAAUUAUGUAUUUGAGGAUGCUAUGCUGGAUUUAGGAGCUUCUAUUAAUGUAAUGCCGAAAUCAGUUUUUCUAUCAUUGGGUAUUGGUCCUCUACAACCUACGGGAGUUGUUAUUCAGUUAGCCAACCGUAGUCAGGCUCACUCAACUGGAGUGAUUGAGAAUGUUUUGGUUAAAGUGAGUGACCUUAUUUUUCCAGCUGAUUUCUACAUUUUGGAUAUGGAAGGCGAUGUAUUAAUGAAUAGAGCUCUAAUCAUUUUGGGAAGACCGUUCCUUAAGACUGCCAGAACUAAGAUUGAUGUGCAUGCUGAACUUUAUCUAUGGAGAUUGCUGAUGUAGUUGUUCAAUUUAGCAUUUUUGAUACGAUGCAACAAAAGAAGAACCAUUCUAUUUUCAGUGUUUAUAAAUCCGAAUGGUUGGAUACUAUGAAUUUUAUUGAUGCGGAUUAUGAUGAAAUUGUUUCAGACUCUAAUGAAUUGGGUUGUGAAUCUAAACAUUUUGGAGGUUGUAUUGAUAACAGGGAAAUAGUUGAGGUAAGAUCUGAUUGUGGUCAAACUUCUGUGGAUGAAUCUAUAAGUGUAGGGGAUUGCAUGGAAGCAUUACCCCAAGAAUCACCUAAAUUGGAUGUAAGUGAAGAUAGUGUAGGGACUUGUGCUAUGGAGCCAAGCACCCAAGAAUCACUACCAACUAUUGUACCUUCAUCAGAACUAGAUAUUGAAUCACAGAAAAUUUCAAAGGACAUUGCAGAGGAAGUUGUGGAGCCAGUGAGACAAUCAAAGAAAUUAAAUAACCCAUUGAACUCUUUUUGUGUUAGCAAUAUUUUUUCUAAUGGUGUUAUUGAGAUGCAGGAGGUGUCUACUGGUCAACCCUUCAAAGUGUAUAACAACCAACUUAAGAAAUUCCUUCGGGGGAGGAAAUGAUGCAGAGUGGACAAGGUGGACAAUAAUGAUGCAAUUCACCAAAAUCAAAGGGGAGUUCGUUCCAACUUAGCUUUUAUUUUUGUUUUCACAAAUAAUAAGUCUUUGCUCUCACAAUUUAGUUUUUAGUUCGUUUCUUUUAGCUUGCUUAGUUGCUUAAUAAAUUCUUUGUUUUCAAAUAAUAAGUUUAGUAUAAGGGAAUAAAUUCUUUACUGUUUACAAUUUCCUUAUAGAAUAAAGUUUGAAUUUGGAAUUAAAAAAUGGUACCCCCUUGACAAGUUUUCUUUAGCAUGUUAGAAGUAGAGAAUGUGAGCUAGAUUUGAAAAUCUAUUUUGGAGCUUAAUGUCAAUAAUGGACUUUUAAUUUUCUUAAGGUUUCUACUUAAUGAUGGACACUUGAUUGGUAAAUUGGAUUGAUACAUUUUCAUGCCUAGUGAGGAUAAGCCUUAAUUGAGUGAUGCACUUGUGUUAUUGCCCUCUAGAACUUGCUUUGAUUCUUUCAAAACCACAAUCCAAUGGAUUAAAUCAUGUUUAUGAAGGUAAAUCUAUUUGUUUCUUUCUUUCUUUCACACAAAUUCUUGUUUUUCUUCUUGAUAAUCAUCAAAUCAAUUUAUAUCUUCUUAAUUGUAAUCUUUUGGAUGUGGAUACAUUGCUUGCUAUGUGAUGAAUUUUUGGUCACGAUGGAUAAGUUGAAGUGUGGGGGAAGAAUGGAAUGAACUUUGAGUUUAGUUUGUUUCAAUAGGAUUGUUGCUUCAAGAAGUUCAGAAAAUUUUUUCACUUUGAAUUUGGAUCCGAAUUUUGUAAUCAGAAACAUUUUUUUUUCUCCAGCAACAUAAGAAAUGCAGAAUACAGAAAUGAAGAAAUGCUAUGGCACAUGAUAGCAAGAGUGUAUCAAGCUGUUGUGAUACAUUGUAUCAAGAUUUUUGGGUAGUUAUCCAAUUGAAGAAGAGUUUGGUUUAAACUUUUGUUUAUUAUUAACAAAUGGUAUUCAAGUUUCAACAGUUGGAAAUCUGGAAAAUUCUUGAAGAUUUAAUCUGGAACCAUCUGUGAAAGGAAGUUUAAUGGGUGUCAAGUGAUAAUUCUGUUCUAAAACAACAAGGUUUUAAAUCCAAGUUUUUAAUUCUGCAAUGUCUAAUAGAAUCAGUCCUUGAGUUUAUUCAUGAAUAAAGCGAGCUUAAAGAGUCUUGUAUUCUGGAAAUGGUUACUAAGGUGAUGUACUCAAACUAUUUGAAGACUGUUGGGCCUGAAAUUUUGGUGUUGUGCUAUAGUCUUAAAAAAGAUUGUGCUGAGUUUCUUCAUGAUGUCUAUAAAUGUCUAUUUUGAUGGCAUAGAAUUCUAAUGGCUGAUAUAAGGAACAAGUAAAACUGGUAAAUUUCUGAAACUGAAAGUGCAAUAGUUUACCUUGUUCGUGCCAAGUAAGUACAACUUUGAAGCCUGAAAAUUUUUGAAGUGUUUAGCUGGAUCUAAUACUUCGAAUCUGAUAAUUCAUUGCAACAACAAGCUGAAAAGUUUGCAGAAACAUGGAUCUGUUGUUGAAAACCUGCAGUAAUUCUUAUUUGCAGUGCUUCAUGGCAUCAAUACUAGAGUUUUAUCCUUUAAGAAGUAAUCUAGAAUUGUAUUGAGAUUUUGUUUUUGCACAGUAGGAAUUGUAGCAUUAUUGAUGUGCAACAAUUUAAGAGUCUCAAAUUCAGGAAUUAUUUAAAAGAAUGGUAAUGCAUUGAAUAAAUCUGCAUAUCAGGCCUGAAAAUUUCUGAUCCGGAAUUCAUUUGCAUGCAAGCUUUUAUUGAUUAAAGAAUCAAAGAGAUAAUCUAAAGAGCUUCAAUUGUAAGGCUUGAAUCAAAGGAUCAAUUAGAAUUUAAGCUGAUGGAACUAUGAAAUUCAGAACUUGAUACAUUCAGAAUUUGAUUGAUAAUUGCCAUACAAUUCAUGAAGCACUUGAAGAUGGCUUUUCCAGUUAAUCAAGGAAUAGCUACAAGCUAUAAUGAAGGAAAGGUUCGAGAAGUCUAAGUGUUGAGGAUUGAAAUUGAUACUUCAUUACAGAUAAUUCAGCAAAUCUUUUGAAUAAAUUCAGAUAUGAAGUGUUGAAUCUAGGCAGGGCAGCAGAACAGAAUUUUUGAAUUUGAUGAAUUCUAAAGGCAGUUGAUCAUAUUGUGAUUCUAGAUAUUAUUUGAAAUGUGAAGUGCUAUUGAUAUAUGUCGUUAAGAGAUCUUAUAAUAGCUUUAAAAUUCUGAAAUUGUAAAUGCAGGAAUCUGCGGAUUUCUGUACAGGUUCUGUAUAGGUUGUGUUGUAGCAAGUUUAAGUUGCUUAAAUCCGGAAAUUUUUGGAGGCUGAUUUGAUAGGGAUCUUAAGAGGCCAGAUGUAAAGAGUUUGGAAUUUUUGAAGGCUUAAUGAUGGUGAAUUGAUACAAAUUCAGGAAAUGUGUAGGAAAUCAAAGAACCUGCUGUUACUGUGAUAACUGGAAUUAAGGGCUACUUAAUUACUGGAAAUCUGUAAGCUAGUUAUUUGUAGGAUGUUGAUUAAAGAAGAUCUUGCAUAUCCAUCGUGUAGCUGAGUUUUAAAGUGGAAGUUUGAUACAGAACAGUGACAAAGCCUAAA